CGAUUGGCGGUUGCCAUGGCGGCGGGCUUUCAGCUUGGCAAUAUGGCGUCGGCUGGGCGGCGAAGGCCGCGGAGUUUUCUCCCGCGCGCUAUUCUGGGCUUGUGAAGCAUGAGCGGCCCUGGUAUGGGCUCUCUGUCGCCACUUGGCCUCCUGUGGGGACUCCUCCUGCUACAGGGCUUCCUGAGGCCGCUGCGUGGGAACCCGGUUUUCAUCCCACCGUUCAUCCGAAUGUCCAGUCCUGAGGUCAGCGUGUCCCUGGUCGGAGGCAGCGAGGACGUCACCGUGUCUCUGACUCCGCUGCAGCCCGAGGACGGAGUGUUGCCAGUUCCUACUUGUGUUCUCAGCAACGAAACAGGAGACUGGAAUGUGACUGUGAGCCCCGGAGUGAACGUGCUGGAAGUGACCGUAAGGUGGAAGGGGGGUCUGGACCGGUGCUCCGUGAAUGAGACAGCCUCCUUCUCAGCGCCCCUGUGCAUCGUGCAGACCCUGCUGGUUUCGGCCUCCCGCAACGCCUCCUGCUUAGCAUAUCUGCUCAUUCAGGUGGAGGUUUAUCCCAACACGUCCGUGGCCCACAAUGCAUCAGAGAACAUGACUGUCAUCCCUAACCAAGUCUACCAGCCCCUGGGUCCCUGCCCUUGCGACUUGACAGCCAAGGCCUGUGACAUUCGCUGCUGCUGUGACCAGGACUGCCAGCCGGAGGUGAGAGAGCUCUUCAAGCAGUCCUGCUUCUCCGGCGUGUUUGGCGGGGACGUGAGCCCUCCGUUCCACCAUCGCUGUGGAGUUGGCAUGAAUCACCAGACCCCAGACUGGUUUCCCUUCCUGUGUGUGCAGUCACCUGCCUCCACCUCACCGUUCCUUGGCCACUUCUAUCACGGUGCCACUUCCCCCAGACAUGACCCUGCCUUUGAAGCCCAUUUGCACUUCGACCUAAGAGACUUCGCUGACGCUGGUUACAAACAAGGAGAUCCAAUCAGGACGGAGAAGGGGUAUUUUACCAUCCCUCAGGCGUCCCUAGCUGGGCAGUGUCUACAGGACGCUCCGGUGGCUUUCCUGAGGAAUUUUGACGUUCUCUGCACCAUCGACCUGGAAGUGCAUCAGGAACGGGAUGGAAUUGUCCCUGAGGAUGUGAAGAUCCGAAUGGCGGGAGGCCUGGUCACACCAACAGUCACCUACGAGGAGGCCACUGACCUGGAUAAGCUCAUCACCAGUCCAGACAUGAUUUUAAGCACUGGAUCAGCCCCUAGAAAUGUGAAUGUGGAAGAGCAUUAUGUUUUCAGAUGGCAAAACAAUUCUAUCAGCGGCCUCGAGGUCAGGAUCGUCAGGGCGGAAAUCAGUGCCUACCAGAAAGGAACAAUGGCCCAGAGAUUUACAGUGAAGUUUUUAAGCCAUGACAGUGGUGAUGAGAAGGAAUGUUCCGGAAAUCCAGGUUACCAGCUUGGCAAGCCAGUCCGAGCCCUGCAUACCAACGGGAUGAAUGUCACCACGUUACACCUUUGGCAGCCAGCUGGAAGGGGCCUGUGCACAUCAGCCACUCUCAGGCCUGUCUUAUUUGGAGAAAAUGCCCUCUCUGGCUGCCUCUUCCCAGUCGGGGUUAACGAGAACUGUACGGAGCUCAGGGAGAACGUCCUUCAGAGCUUGGAUUUGCUGGUACAAGCAACUCAUGUUGCAAGGAGAGGCAACUCGGACUACAGCGACUUGAGCGAUGGCUGGCUGGAGGUCAUACGUGUGGACGCCCCUGAUACAGGUGCUGACGUGCCCCUGAGCAGUGCAAACGGCAUCUGCCUGGAAGUUCCAGCCCACCUCACCAUCCGCAUCCUCAUUGCUGAAGCUGGCUCAGUGGAAGGGCUAGUGCAGCAGGAGAUCCUGGCUGUGGAGACAAGGUUCUCCACUGUGACAUGGCAGUACCAGUGUGGGCUCACCUGUGAGGACAGGGCCGACUUCCUCCCUCUCAGUGCCUCGGUUCAGUUCAUUAAAAUCCCUGCACAGAUGCCCCACCCCCCGACGAGAUUCCAGAUCAACUUCACCGAGUAUGACUGUGCCCGGAAUGAGCUGUGUUGGCCCCAGCUUCUGUACCCUCUGACCCAGUAUUACCAAGGGGAGCCGCAUUCUCAGUGUGUUGCCAAAGGCCUGCUGCUGCUGUCACUCCUCAUGCUGGCCACACUCCUCAGCCAUCCUUGGGUCAGAGUGUGCAAGGCCUGAUCUGGCAUUGCCAUCUACCCUUAAGUUUUUUCGAAGACUCAGAGCGUCCACUCAGUGGCUCCUAUAGGCCUGUGUGCCUUUCUGAAACUUGAGACAGGGUCACACUAUGCAGCCCUGACUGGCCUCUAAACUCAUAGAGAUCUGCCUGUCUCUGCCUCUCGAGUGCUGGGAUAAAAGGCAUGUUCUACCAUGCCUGGCUUCUGCUGAGAUAUUUUAAUAAACAAAAUGUCUAUUUUUGUAGAAAUUCUUAGUAUUAAGUGAAUUUGAGUCAAUUAUCCAGAUGUUUAAAAUGGCUCAGGAUGGUCAUUGCUGCUGUGGGCUGGUUGUAGGGGAAUCAGUGGUGUCUUGAAUGUCAGAACCUUAAGCCCAGCACAAACUCCUAAUCACAGGGGUUUUAUUUUUGACCAGACUUAAUGGAAGCAUGUAGGCAUAGAGAAAAGGUCAUCACUAUGUCAUAUUCCAGCGAAAGCUUAAAUUAAAAUUGAAUUUUAUGUGUUA